GAAGUUGGUGGAAAGCAAACGGUUUGUGGGUUAUGGAGAAACAAACAGAACAUGAAGAAAUUUGUGGUGAGAGCAGGGCCAAAGAGAAUAUGCUUUGACAGGGAAUGCAGAGAAUCCUUAUUAUCUGGGAUAAAUAAGCUUGCUGAUGCUGUUUCUGUCACCUUAGGACCUAAAGGACGCAAUGUUGUUGUUUCAGAAUCUGGGACAGUUAAAGUAAUUAACGAUGGUGUCACAAUUGCCCGAACCAUAGAGCUUCAAAAUGCUAUUGAGAAUGCAGGAGCAAUGCUAAUCCAAGAGGUUGCAACUAAAACAAAUGAUUUAGCUGGUGAUGGUACUACCACUGCAAUUAUUUUGGCUCGAGAGAUGAUCAAAUCUGGGUUGUUGGCUGUUGCUUUUGGAGCUAACCCUGUUUGCUUAAAGAAAGGAAUGGAUAAGACUGUAAAAGAACUGAUCAAAGUAUUGAAGAAGAAAAGCUUUCCUGUAAAAGGGAGGGAUGAUAUAAAAGCCAUAGCUUCGAUUUCUGGUGGAAAUGAUGAAUUCAUUGGGAACUUGAUUGCUGAAGCUAUAAAUAAGAUUGGCCCUGAUGGAGUAAUCUCUAUUGAAUCUUCCUCAUCAUCCGAAACUUCUGUGAUAGUUGAAGAAGGAAUGAAGAUAGACAAGGGCUACAUGUCACCCCAGUUCAUCACAGAUCAGGAGAGAUCUAUUGUGGAGUUUGAAAAUGCUAAAGUUUUGGUGACAGACCAAAAGGUAUCAACAGUCCAAGAGAUUGUUCCUUUACUAGAGAAGACUACCCAGCUGAGUGUCCCACUGCUAAUAAUUGCUGAGGAUAUAUCAAGGCAAGUUCUGGAGACACUGGUCGUGAAUAAGGUGCGAGGUGUGCUUAAUGCUGCUGUAGUUAAAUGCCCAGGGUUUGGAGAGGGAAAGAAAGCACUGUUGCAAGAUAUUGCUCUGAUGACAGGUGCUGAUUUUCUCUCUGGAGAUUUAGGCCUGACCCUUGAGGGUGCAACCUCUGAUCAGCUUGGUAUUGCACAAAAAAUAACCAUAACAGCUAACUCUACAACUAUUGUUGCUGACUCUUCUACUAAAGCUGAAAUUCAAGCAAGAAUUUUGCAGAUAAAGAAGGAUCUUGCCAACACAGAUAGCUCAUAUCUGUCAGGAAAGCUCUCAGAAAGAAUUGCAAAACUCUGCGGUGGUGUAGCUGUUAUUAAGGUAGGAGCUCACACUGAGAUGGAACUCGAGGAUCGAAAGCUAAGAAUUGAGGAUGCAAAAAGUGCCACAUUUGCUGCCAUGGAUGAAGGUAUAGUGCCCGGUGGCGGGUCCACAUAUGUUCACCUCUUAGAAGAGAUUCCUGUCAUAAAGAAGAACCUGGAAGAUCCAGACGAGAAGAUUGGUGCUGACAUUGUAGGGAUGGCUCUUCUUGCACCAGCAAAAAUAAUUGCAGCUAAUGCUGGAGUAGAUGGGGAUGUAGUUGUUGAGAACAUUAGUGCUUCUGAUUGGCAAAUCGGAUACAAUGCAAUGACUGGCACCUUUGAAGACCUUCUUGCCGUUGGAGUGAUUGACCCUUCUAAGGUUUCAAGGUGUGCACUUCAAAAUGCAGUCUCGGUUGCGGGUAUUGUCCUAACAACUCAAGCUGUAUUGGUGGAGAAAACCAAGCUUCCCAAGCCACCUGUUCCUCUUGUUCCUGGAAUAUCUCCUUAG